AUGGCAGAAGCGUUAGUGGAGGUGGGGAUUCGCUUGGGGGCGGCGCUCGUGGAGGUUGGCGUCGGUUUGUGGGACGACCAAAAGAGGAAAGAAAAGAAGGAGGCCGGAGCCGUCACCACCACAGCGGACCCGGAGACCGGCCGCGCCCAGCCCCCUGCCGGCAGUGCCAUGGCCGGCUACUUCAUCAAAGAAGGCCACGUGCGAAAGACGUGGAAGCGGAGGUGGUUCGUGCUCAAGGGAUCCACCGUCACCUACUACAAGACGGAGAAGGACAAGGGCGCACGCGGCAAGAUCAAGCUCAAGAAGGCUCGCGUCUACGUGACGACGCGCCACACCGACAAAGUUUACGGAGCUUGCGCGGGAAAGGGAAGUGAAGUGAACGCGUACCUCGUCGACUUGUGGCCGUCUGGUGGGGGUGUAGAGCGAGAGUGCGUGGUGAUCGAGGACACGCGGUACGGGAAGACCUUCCACUUCUUCCCGUGCUGCCAGACGAAGGCUGCCGAGGGCCGCCAGAUCCAGGAGUGGCUCGGCGUGGUCGAGGAGUGCGGCGGCAGCGUCGUCCAGGGUCCGCCCCGCAAGCAGUGA